AACCGCGUUUCUCCGGAGACCUCGCACGCAAUUCGCGUCGUUUAUCUAAUCGGUGCCCUACACACCCAUUGAUAAUGGAACCGAGAGAGAAGAGUGAGAACAGCGCUUACUCAUAGUAUCGUGCGUAGUAUGAUCGAAUAUUUCGCAAUAGAAGCAUGUCAAAGGCUGCAGCUGCAGCAGGGACUGAAAAAGGGAAUUUACAAAAAGGAACUUGGUAAUGCCUACAGCAGAGGUGGGUCAUGCGGCCGAUCCGCCAGCUCAUAUAAUGGGCUAUACGAUCCGAAGUCGCACCCGCAUCUAUGUGUCAUACAUUAUACCCAGCUGCCUCGGUUUACUGGUGUUUAUGGUGCAAACAGCGACGGACUUGGCCUUGAGCUCACAGUAUUUCCGGGUGCAAGAGAUUGGCUAUGGCGUGGGAACACUUAUCUUAGUGUUGAUACCACCGCUACUCACGUUUAUCCUGGUGCUGUUAUCGCGUGAGCAACGUUGCAGCGCUUGUGGCGAGCGCAGCAAGUGGAAGAGCUUCUGCCUGGGAUUAUUGCAGCUGCUGAUUUUCCCAUUCGCGGUGCUUUGCAGAUUCACCAUGCGCUUCUUUUGGUCUAUUGAGGCGCUAUUCCAUGACGAAGACGACGUGGAGCGCAUGAAGUGCUUGGCAAAGGCUACGCAAACCUCCAGCAUCGAGCUGUAUCUGUUGAUCCAGGCAUACGCACAAGCAGCUCCACAGAUUAUUCUACAGAUUAACCACAUGCUGCUGCAAGGCGUCUUUCGCAACUACGAGACAACUACAUUGCAGGCCAUGUGCUUGGUGUUUUCGGCUAUCGAUCUGGCUGGGAUUACCACCAGCUAUCAUCGCAUGGAAAGUCAACGUCGCGUGGGACGCCAUUAUCCCUGGGCGACGCCACAGCAGGUGGCGACGCAUCGCUGUCAGCUGGAGCAGAACCAAAGGCUCUGCGGCGAGGCGGAGCAACGUAAGCGUGAAUCGGAGCGAACGCUGGCGACCAGUUUUCCGCAGUCAGACAAGAUCAUGGAGAACUUUCAUGCCAGGCAGGCAGUAGACAGUCCCGAGGUGGACACGCAUGUGCUGCACGUCACCGGCAUGGAUGAAGUGGACAAUGAUGGGGUGGAGACGCUACAGACGCAAGCGUUACUGCAUUCACCCAUCGGCAAUGCCACCGACGAUGAUAAGCUGCACCGUCAUGUGCGGCCGAAGCUGCAGCUGCAACAACGCGAACAGAUGGCCAACCUAGAUCGCAUCGAUGUGCUGGACUCGGUGCCAGAAACGCCAGCGCCACCCCCACCACCAGCCACAGCGCCGCCAGCGUUGCCCAUGCUGCGGCUGCCAACAGAGAAUAGUCCGCCCGAGCUGCAGACGCCCGAUCUGCGACGCACCAUGUCGGACAACGAGCAUCGACGCAGUCGCCGGGUAACGCGUCCCCUCUCACAGCUGGAGACAUUCAAGGACAUGCUGCUGGUCAAUGCGCAGCUGUACAUUAAGGAGCAUGUGCCGCGUCCGCCGAAACUGCUUGUUGGUCGCCUGGACGAGGAGCCAGAGGAGAAUGAGCGCACACCACUGGUUGUGGCACAGACCCCGAAGGGCACACCACUCACACCCGAGGAUGUGGUUGACUUUUACUUCCCACGACGCACGAAGAUUGUGAAUGGCAUACAGCAGGAUGAUUUCGCGGGUCGCACCAUUGCCUUCUUUGGUUGGAUUGCCUUCAUCAUUAUGCGUAUGCUGUCGUUGGCCACCUUUUGUUUCUUCUAUCCACGCGCCUUCUUCAUCAUUAUGGGUGUGCACUAUGCUCUCAUGCUCGCUGCUUUGACGCUGGAGACACGUUGUCGUGGCGGCUGGAAUCGCACACUUUUUUACCUAGUGCUCGGCUACAUCUACAUCUUUGUGCUGCUCGAGUUCCGGGUGUGCUUCAAGAGCAUACGUGUCUGGUAUGGAUUGUAUUUGGUGCUUAUACUGGUGGAGAACAUUACCAUGUCGUCCAUUUGGUAUGCAAAUGAGGAGUUCGAGUCCUGGUGGUUUGGCUUCAUCUGGGAAUGGAUUGUCUACAGUGGCAUACUCUUUCUGGCUACCAUUGUUGUCUACUAUUGCUUGCUGCGACCCAAGGAUGUCUCCUUGAUUGUCGAGGACGAGCCCACAGCUCAAUCCCCAUCCCCAUCGCAAUCGCAGUCAGUUGCCUAGCUUUUAAGUU